AUGAGACGAGUUUUUCUCAAGAGUGUUCCUGCAUUACAAUACCGUUGCUUUCACACCCGUUUUGUUCAAAAACAACAAUCAACAAAUAUGAAGUACCCACUGGAUAAGCCAGAUGAAGAAUGGCGCAAAGAACUUGAUCCGGAACAGUACCGUGUAAUCCGAAAAAAAGGUACAGAGCUUCCGGGUGCUGGAAAAUUCACAAACGCUUUCCCAGAGAAAGGUGUCUUUGUAUGUGCAGCUUGUAAAGAGUUACUGUACAAAGCUGAUACGAAAUUCGAGAGCCACUGUGGAUGGCCUGCCUUUUACGAAAAUUUACCAGGAAAAGUGAACAGAAUAGAGGAUGAUUCUUUUGGAAUGCAACGUACUGAGGUUGUUUGCUCAAAUUGCGGCGGCCAUUUGGGCCAUAUUUUCAAGGGCGAGGGCUAUCCCGUACCUACGAAUGAACGCCAUUGUAUCAAUUCUGUGAGCUUGGAUUUUCACAAAGAAGAAACCAACAAUAAGUAG